AGCAAAAUCAGCAAAACCAAGACAUGGGCGUCGGCGCGCCAUUCGGCGAUCUCGGCGGCGAUAGCCAGUUCAGCAAUAUGGAUUUCGCGGCGCUGGACUCGGGCGAUGUACUGGACAAUUUCGACUUUGACAGUUUCUUGAACAACAAUGACGAGGGCGGCUUGGGCUUUGAUGCGAACUUCGCGUUCGGAGAUUCAAUCGAGACGGAUAUUUAGGAGAUUUCUGUUGAUGAGUGGUCGAAUCAUGCUUUUGAUGAUGGGUGGGAGAUGGAUGGGCAGCGAGUUUGAGAGUGUUGACAUGCCUUUUUUGUCCAUCGAGUGAAGGCAGCGUCGCUAUACUGCGACAUCCACGGACCGCAUGCACACGCCAACACUGCGGUACACGACGAGGACUUGCAUCCUCACGCCAACAUCGCGCCACGCCGCCAUCAAAUACCACAUCCGCUACAAGCGCAUCGCAUCCUCCAAUUGGACUGGACUCAUAUCGUGCCCUGCAUGCUGCACCGCAACGCAGGCCGGGCACGACUGGUCGAGCUCCACGCUUGCACACAUUAGGAGAUGUGCACCUCCCAGUUCCAUCCUGCAGUCCGGAGGCCCUCCUCGCCAUUACCGCGUCGAUCACGAUGCACACGUCCUCUGCCGGACGAAGGAUGCCGAUUUGUCUCCUACGCCUUUGAAUACAGCCGCUCGCCCCGCUCCGUGGGGUACUUUCUUUUUUCCACUGUAUGUUUUAUCUCUAUACCCCGAACCCACAAAUCUCGAAUGGGAAACGAAAGAGUUUCUUUGUACUUAAUCUCUGCUUUAUUCGCGGAUUGCUGGAUGAU